UUGAAACGACAAAGACUGACACCACUUUUUUCUUCAAUUCUUCACUUCACUUCGGAUUAGUUUUGUUGAUUCUGUCUCCCUUUUAGGUACGAGAGGUUCUUGAAUUCGAAAUCCGAACAAAAUAAAUGGAGAAUUUGAAUAUGGCGCUACUGUCAUCGUCAUCCUCUUCUUCGCCACAAUUAGUUAUGGGGUGUUAUCCUAAUUCUUUCAAAAACCCUACUCAUAUUAAUCAGUUCUCAAGAACUACUAGAGUCCUUCCUUUAUCUCCCCGUAAUUACAGGAUUAUUGGUCGUAAUUCAAGCAUUACCGUCUCUGCUCUUUCUAAUUCAAGCUCUUCCACUGGAGUUCCAAGACGAAUUUCUCAAAGCAGGAGUUUAGGUGCAGAGCAUUUUGCCAGCCUUUCGAGCGGUCAGCAAACUUCUUCUGUUGGUGUUAAUCCACUGCCAUUGCCGCCUCCUUCUUCUUCUUCAUCUUUCGGGUCACCUCUGUUUUGGAUUGGAGUUGGGGUUGGGCUAUCUGCAGUUUUUACAUGGGCGGCUACGAGAGUAAAGAAUUAUGCCAUGCAGCAAGCUUUCAAAACUAUGAUGAAUCAGAUGAAUACGCAAAAUAAUCCAUUCAACAACCCAGGCUCUCCCAACCCAGCCUUUUCUCCAGGCUCUCCUUUUCCAUUUCCAACCCCUGCAGCAGCAGCAGGACCAUUUAGCACACCACCAUUUCCAUCAUCAUCAACAUCUACACCUGCUUCCUCUCCUUCAUAUCCAACUUCAUCAGCAUCAACUUCACCAUCAGUUGCUUCUCAACCUACAGUUACAGUAGAUGUUCCUGCAAUGAAAGUAGAAGCAGCUUCAGAUACUGACUCCAAAGAUGAGAAAGAGACGAAAAAGGAAACUAAGAAAUACUCUUUUGUAGAUGUUUCUCCUGAGGAAACGUUCCCAAAAAGUCCAUUUGAAAGCAAUGGGGACGUAUCUGAGACAAGCACAUCCAAAGAAACUCAAUUUUCCCAAGAAGUUUCUCAAAAUGGAGCUGCUUUUAACCAGAUUCCUAAUGCUUUUGGGGGUUCUCAGUAUACUGGAAAGGAAGGUUCUGGCUUAUCUGUGGAAGCUUUGGAGAAAAUGAUGGAGGAUCCAACAGUGCAGAAGAUGGUUUACCCAUAUUUACCCGAGGAGAUGAGGAAUCCUUCUACUUUCAAAUGGAUGCUACAAAACCCACAAUAUCGUCAGCAGCUGGAGGAAAUGCUAAAUAAUAUGAGUGGAAGUGGUGAAUGGGACAAUCGAAUGACGGAGUCCUUGAAAAAUUUUGAUCUCAGCAGUCCUGAGGUUAAGCAGCAAUUUGAUCAAAUCGGUCUCACACCUGAGGAAGUAAUCUCGAAAAUCAUGGCGAAUCCUGAUGUUGCCAUGGCAUUUCAAAAUCCAAGAGUUCAACAAGCCAUCAUGGAUUGCUCGCAGAAUCCACUUAGCAUAUCCAAGUACCAGAAUGACAAAGAGGUUAUGGAUGUGUUCAACAAAAUAUCAGAACUCUUCCCUGGAGUGAGACCCUGAGGUUUCAUCUGAGUUUCAUAUGCAACUGAUGUUCAAGUGAUUGAUCCAAUGGGGGAUUCUGCAGUGGAUGAGCAAGUGGAGAUCGUGCCACUGCCUACUGGGUUUCCACUUCUGAUCUGAGAAGUGUUCAAAGUUUUGGAUAAUGCCUUCAGUUUACUUUUUUGCGCAAAUAGGUCCUUAGUUAUUGUUUUAAUGGGAAAAGGUGUUUAGAUAUUGUUGUAAAAUGAAUAAGUAAAUAAUUUGCAAGUUGAAAAUGGUUAGUGUUGAAUAAUUGUUUCUCA